UGGACAAAGCGACUACCAAACAGCAAUCAUCUCAUAAUCAUUUGUUUAUAUUUUAUCUCAUGCAGAUACAAAAGUGAUUGUAAUGUAUGGUAAAUUGCUAUAUUUUCAUUAAUCCAUUUUGAAGAUAUCAAAAUGUCUAGUCAAGUUGAUACCAUGUUCCAGCUGCCAGUAGAUUUUCCUAAUAUAAAGGCAGAAAUCAAACAGGAAUAUGCUGGGGAUCCUGCUCCAGCAAAGAAAAGAGGAAGAAAGAAGGGUAGUAAGAACCAGAAACAGACAACAAUCACAGAUAGUAUGCCUGUUAGGAAGAAAAGAGACAGAUUUAAUGGGAUGCCAGAAGAAGAAGUUGUUAAACGUGUUCUGCCAGAUCAUCUAGCACCUGAUCUAGAUAUUGUGAUUGUUGGUAUAAAUCCAGGAUUAUGUGCAGCAUAUGUUGGUCAUCACUAUGCAGGACCAGGGAACCAUUUUUGGAAAUGUAUGUUUUUGUCUGGAUUAAUACCAGAGCCAUUAACAGCCAAUGAUGAUUAUAAAUUGUUGAAUCAUGGGAUAGGUUUUACUAAUAUUGUUGAAAGAACAACCAGAGGGAGUGCAGAUCUGUCCAGGAAAGAAAUUAAAGAAGGUGCUCAAAUAUUAACGGAAAAACUACAAAAGUAUAAACCUAAGAUAGCUGUAUUUAAUGGAAAAGGUAUAUAUGAAGUUUUUGUUGGUCAUAAAAACUUUGCCAUUGGUAAACAGCCAGAUCUCUUGGCAGGCACUGAAACUACUGUGUAUGUGAUGCCUUCCUCAAGUGCAAGAUGUUCACAGCUUCCGAGGGCCGUAGAUAAAGUUCCAUUUUAUGCAUCUUUGAAGAAGUUAAGAGAUUAUCUUCGUGGAGACUUAAAGGAGUUGGAUGAUUCUGAAGUUUGUUUUCCCGAUUUAGAGUUAAAGGUUGUAAAAAGGGAGCCAAAACCAGAAAUAAAAGAAGAAGCUGCUGAUUCUUGUGCAAUGCAAAGCCCUGCAUACCCACAAAAUUGUGACUCUGGUUACCCAUCAACAAAUAUGCAUAUUAAGCAGGAACCCAGUUUUAAUAGUCAAUCUCAAUAUGGCAUGCCAGGAAAUGCUAACUGCUCUCAAAUGCAAUCCCCAUAUUUCAACUCUAAUUACAGUUCAGGACAAAAUGGAAAUAGUCAAUAUCCAAUGAUGUAUAAUUCAGAGGGGAACAACUCGCAAAAUUUUCAGAUGGUUCAGAGUAAUAUGGGAGAUAAUUCAUUCCACAUGUCUCAAAUGAUGAUGCAGGGACAAUCUCAAAAUUUUCAGAUGUUUCAAGGAGCAAUGCAGUCUUCAUUUAGUGGUGAUAACACAGGACAUUCUUUUUCUUAUCAACAAAGUUUACAAGCAAAUGGAAUGAAAAGUCAAUCUACAGGACAGGUCAUGGUUCAAAGUUCAUUUCAAAGUCAAGGUCAUCCAUUCCACAAUGGUGCUCUCAACUCUCAGCCUUCUAGUGGCUACCAGCAGGGUAUGAUUAGUCAAGGGAAUUACAUGAACUUUCCAAACCAACAUCAGCAGAAUUUUGCACAAGGAAAUUUUGAUCAAAAUCCACAACCCUCAAGCGGGGAUGUAACAUUCAUGGGAUUUUCUCAAAGUCAGCAACAAGAAGGACAAAGCAAUUAUAGUCAGCCAGCCUCUAACUUUGUAAAGCAAGAACCUGCAGAUUAUAAUGACCCUCAAACUGGAAGCUGUAAUGGACAAAAACAAAUAGAUUCCUCACAGUGUAAUAAUAUGAUGAACUUUCAAAGUCAUCAGGGUCAAGGUUACAUGUCCCAAAAUGAUGUUCCUCCAAUGCAUAUCAAAGAAGAACCAAAGGAUUUUGGGGACUUUACAAAUGGUUCAUGUCAAAGUAGAUAGAUGUGUCAUUAAUUUCAUUUUUAUGCCCCACCUAGGGGCAUUAUGUUUUUCGGUCUGUGCGUCCGUUCGUCCAUUCGUCCGUCUGUCCCGCUUCAGGUUAAAGUUUUUGGUCCCUUCAGGUUAAAGUUUUUGGUCAAGGUAGUUUUUGAUGAAGUUGAAGUCCUAUCAACUUGAAACUUAGUACACAUGUUCCCUAUGAUAUGAUCUUUCUAAUUUUAAUGCCAAAUUAAAGUUUUGACCCCAAUUUCAGGGUCCACUGAACAUAGAAAAUGAUAGUGCGAGUGGGGCAUCCGUGUACUAUGGACACAUUCUUGUUUUGUGACAAUUUGCCUAUCUCAAUUUGACCCAGUGUUCCAGCUAGGUCGUUUUCACAGGGUGGUCCGCCCGCCCUUUCCCGAGUGCCGCCCUGUGCCCUUUUUACAGUCUGCAGGGCGCCCUGCCUUUUUUGAAGAUCGAUUGGUAUAUUAUUUUGUUCGUAUUGAUAUGAUCAGCCAAUUACGAAAAUUUACCUGGCGACAAGUAUAUGACUUUGUUUACGACCCCAAGCUAAUCAACGAUUACAACAGGUGUCAUAUUCUGUUGUUAUAGGUAAUCCUUUUAUUGGAUGGGUCAUUUAAUGAUCAUCAACAUUAAUUCAUUCAAAUAGAAUCGGUCAGUCGGCAUUUGUCUUUGAACUUGAAGAAAUGUUCAUACAAAUUGGGCACAAUUAGCAAUGUUUACCGUAGUUUCAUGGAGAAAACGUAAUUGACAGAAAGUCGAAAACCAUAAUCAACUCAUUAAAAACAUUGCUCUUAUUGUUUUCCGUGAAAUAAAUAGCAAAUUAAGACGUAUUUUUCAUUGACUGCCUUCAUUUUUUAUACGAAAAUAACAAAAUCGGCCGCCAUAUUGUUGAUCGUAUUUACAAAAUGUACAUCUUCUACGUACUGUUUAUUAUCCUCCGAAGAAGGAGCACACCCAAAUAAAGAAGGAUAACUCAAUCUUAUUUUUUCCUAGCAUUGAGUAACCUACUAAGAUAUUAUAAAAUAUGUCUUCAUAAUUCUGGCUUUAGAAUUUAUAUGUUUAGGUGUUUUGAGUUAUGGGAAAAGUUAAAGAAUGUCUUAGUAGCAGGGUUGGUAGGGUGCCUUGGUCAUCUUUUUCUGUAUUUUUUAUUUUCAAUCCAAAUUUUCACUGUUCACUAUAUCCUAACAUUGUGCAUUUACAGCUGUUUUGUGCUGUAUUGCCAUUAAGCACAGAAAAGGUAGAAAGGUGAAACUUGUAAAGUGUGUCAGACCAUAGAAACAGAAUGAAGCAGGACAUUUUUCAAAAAAUACUGCAUAUAAAGCUUAACUGUGCCAAGCAAUGAUUUAAAACUUGUGUCACAAGCUGCUUGAUAAGUUUUCAGCCUAAAAAGUAGAAAGAUAGUUUUUCUCUGGGCUAAUGAUGUUGUUCUUGUAUAUUUAUAACCAGUGAUUCAAUGAACAAACAAUGUUUUAUUAUAAUCUUUAUUUAAACAUGCCCUUUUCAUAUUAUCAUAUCACACGUUAAAUGCCCUUUUUCAGGAUUGGCACCCUGCCCUUUUGAAAUCCUAGCUGGAACACUGUGACCUGAAUUCCUGCAUUAUAUAUAUACAUUAAUUUCAUAACAGUUUUAUUACCUAUUUUAAUGUUUUAUUAUUAUUAAUAAUCAAAAUAAAUUUGACAGCAUUUGUUCUCUAUAUACAUGAUAUGAAUUAAACCAAAAUCUUUAGGAAAUGUGCUGCUUAGACAUUCUGACAAAUCUUCCUUAUGUCUGUUUAAUAACAUCAUAGUGAAACUGUGUCAUGGAGUCACAACUUAUGUUUAUAUGUUCUGAAACUGUUCUUCAGACAAUAAAAAUAUAUUAUUUUAUUUGUUAUCAGUCAGUUUUAAAUUUUCCUCAAACACUGAACCAGAUAGGCUGAAAAUGUACUUUAUGUUUUGAUUUUUUUAUUUAUAAAUCAUAUAGUUAACUUGGUAGUUUAUUUAUAUGCAUCUAGAUAAACAUGAUAAAACUAAAGGAUUUCAAAGGAACAUAAUUAUGUGUGUCAUUCUUGUAUGUAAUUGACAUGUAGUAUAUAUAUAUAUAUAUAUGUAGUAUUAGGUAAUAGUUUCAUUAUUUUUAUUUAUCUUUAUUUCCUUUUAUAUUUGAAUGUUUUGAUAAUUUAUAGGUUUUUUUUGCAUAUACAUUAACAGUAAAUUUUAAUACCAACUGAUAUCUAUCAGUACAUUUGAUCUCAGAUCUUUUGUAGUAAUUUUGAAAACAUUAAUUUUUUUAAUGUGCUGUUUGAAUAGGCCAAAAAUAUAUAAACUCAGGGUACUUCUUGUAUGUGUCACGUACUUAAUCAUAUUAAUACCAGUUUAUGUGAUUGUUAUUGUCAAACAAUAUACAUAUAUAGAACAUUUUAUUUUAAUGUACAUGUACAAACUUUUAGUGUACAAACUGUGGUUGUAAAUAAUGGCAUAUUAAAAUUAUCAAUCACAUUUGUUUAUAGUAUGAUUUAGAAAUCAUUUCAGACCAUAUUAUCAUGAAAAUGUCAACUAAAUAUUUAAAACAAAAUAAAUUAUUAUUAUUUCAUCAUGCUUUGAAAUUCUUGUUCAGAAGUAUGUUUUUCUUAAAUGUGUGUGGUCAUAAUUCAGUAUGAAUAUGCAUGUAUAAUAAACAGAAGAAUUUUGUUUUCUUGGACAUCCAAAAUACUAUCAGAAUUUGUGCUAUGUACUGUGUACUGUGUUUUACCUGUUUUGGGGUUGCACAGUGAAGAAUUUACAUUCAAAAUUUGUUUAAAAAAAUCCUUUAUGUUUAGUUAUUGGUGCUCUAGAAAUCACAGUUGUACUAAUGUGUGUCUUCUAAACGAAAGUUUGGCCAGUAAAUAAAAAAAUUCUGUUCUGAAUGUUCCUUUGAUGACAACAGAAUGAUAAAGGAUAAUUUAUUGAAAAAUAUGGUUAAUGAAACAUAAACCAGCAAUAAAGAGUGUGCUAGCAAAUAUCUAUCCACAGAGUUUUAUCAUUUGCUACAAAGCAGUUGUUCUUGUCCAUUUAAAAUCUGGAGUUAUUGAGCACAUGUAGUUGUUUUCAAUCAAAUAUGAUGCCAGCUCCUGAAUGGAAGAAGAAAAUAAAAGUGUUACAACAUUUAUCAAUGUUUAUUUUUAGAACGUAUGCAAAUAAAUGACUAGGGACAUGGGACAAUAGGGGAGAAGCCAAUCUCAUAAAUAUUCAUUCAUUUCACCAUAUGCACAUUUGACAUUUAUGGUAAAAUUAUUAUGAAAGUUACAAUUUAUAUAAAUUCUCAGGAUAUUAUUUUCAUAUGUUUGUUUAUUUUGAAAAUGUUAAAGAUGAAUUAUGUUAUUUUCUUACAUUUUACUUUAUUUUAAAUACAGAUAGUCUGUACAAUUUUUGUUUUCAUUCAUCAUGUAAAAAUCUCUAUAGUGCAAUGCAUUUUAAAAUAAAUAGUAUGUUUACAAGAGUGCUGUAUAUUGCAUUUAUUUAUUUAAGACAUGAAAUAUUGAUGUUUGAUAUAUACAUUUGUAAAUGUUAUUAUAUUGUUAAUGAUUUUUUUAAUAUGGAAUUUUUGGAUAUAUUGAUAUGAUACAUUUGGUUGUGUUUCUGGUACAAUUAGGAAAACUUUAAUAUUUUUAAAAAUAUUUACUGCCGGGAACAAUUCAUGAAAGAUGGAUAAUUUUUGAAUCUUUUCUUUAGAGAGAUAUUGUACUUUAAAAAAGGACUGUAAGACAUUGCAGUAUAAGAAUACUUUUGCUGUUGACACAUUGCAGUAUAAGAAUACUUUUGCUGUUGACACAUUGCAGUUUGGAGAAAUGAAUCACAGUGUCACUCAUUAUAUUUCAAAAUCCUAUUAUAAAGAUAGGGUUAUUAGACAAAUAUGUACCGAUUAUCAGGUUGUCUGUAUAUUGAUAUUGUAAAAUAUCAACUGUAAGUCACAAUAUGAAGCUUUUUGCCAAUUGAGCACAGCGAAGGAGUUAAAAAAGGUUUCAUAUUUGUUGAGCAGCUGAUUUUUUACAAUAUAAAUAUGAUGAUAAUUCGAUAAUUGAUUUAUCAGAUUGUAUUUGUGUAUUUUGUGUUUUGUUUCACCAGCAAACUGGAAGAUGACUUGAUAAGUUCAGGUCAAACUUAUCAACAUCUGUUCAUUCAUUAUGAUGUCAGUGAUAUGUCCAGGUCAAAUUUAAUUAGACCUGGUUUAUGUAUUUGACGUCACAAAGCCUGAUAUGAAAUUUUAUGAAGAGCUGAGCAGAGUGAUACAGACAGUUGGAACACUGAUAUUAAUGGAUAUUGUCCCUCACAUUAUAUCAUAUUUCACUUGUUAUCUCCUGCAAUAUGUUAUAAUCCUCGAGACAAUGUUUCCAUAUACAUGUAUAAGUGCAAUAUCCCUGUUUUAUACAUCAAGUUCAAUAUGACAUGCCACUUAACCAGUUUCUCUUUAAAAUAAUUUUUCUCACAUAGAUCUGAGCAAGCUUGCAAAAAAAUUUCCAACCCAAAUUGAUAUGUUUUAUCCUUUUUUCAAUUAAUUUUCCUAAAUAUGCCCCUGUGGAAGUAAAGGAAAAUCCCUGGUGUGAAUUUUAUUUUUUCCAUAUAUUAUUUACAUUGCAUAUUGAUUUUGUUGAUAAUGUCUAUAAAAUUUUAGUAACCUGAACUGGUUUUGUUGAUGGAACUGUGUAAAUUAAACCAAAAUUUUUGAUAUACAUGAACAUGUACAUGUAGUAACAAAAUGUAAUCUUAAAUAUUUUUUGAAUGGGGCAAAGGAAUGAAAUUGUGAUAACGUAAUCCAUUUGUUUGAUAUCGCUGAAUUCCUAUUUCUGAAUGUACAUUUUGUAAUUGCUUCCAUAAAAGAUCAUGGCAGUGAAAAUAAAUAGAUUUCUUUGACAACAUACCCAAUUUACAUAACAUCUCAUACAUGUACUAGAUUUAUUUUGCUUUUUUUCAUUUGUUAUACUACAUUCUAUAUGAAACCUGUGGCAAGGUUAAGUUUAGUUAAAAGUGAUAUAAAAUAAAUUUAGUCAGAAAGAUAGAUUUUGCAAAUAUAAAAUAUCUCAAAUUUUUAAAUCUGUCAUUUAUAUAUACAUUAACAGUAACAGCUGUAUUAUGACUGACAAAGGGAUAUUCCAUGAAUGAACAAUGUGAUUAAAACAAAUCCUAAAUAAACUGUUCUAUAGUAA